AUCUCUAACAACCGUGGCGAUCGGUGGUGGAUUGUUUAUUUUUGUGGAAUUUUCCGCGUUUGUUGUUGUGUUGUUUAUUGAAUGAGAAAGCAUUUGUUUAUGUGAAAUGUCUGCAACAAAACGCGAAUCAACGGAUCCAUCCACGGAAAAUGUAAUGCAGUGUCGUGUGUGUAGCAAAACUGUUUGCUCCCAGAAAGCUUUAUGUAUCUUCUCGCUGCUGGAUGGAAGCAACGAGAAGGAUGCGGUUAAAACUAUCGCAGACAUGAUAGGAGAAUUCGCCGAUGUUACGAUCAAUCCGGACGAUGAUCGUUCGAAAUUCAUCUGUAGCAUUUGCCUGGAAGCGGUCGAGAAAGCAGCCGAGCUGCGGCACCAGAUCCGCACCAGCGAGCGAGUGGUACCAACGAUAUUACAGUCGCUGCAGAUCGACAGUAUUACCGAGCAGGACUACCGUUGCGAGUAUUUGGAAGAAUUUAAAGAGGAGAUCGAAGCAAUAUCCCUACACAAGCCGGCGAAUCACACGGAGGACGACGAAUCCUCCCAGCCAGAAGAGCACACCAAGCACCAACAAAACCUGCAACUACCUUCUGAUGAUGAAAUGGAUCUGCUGCAGGAUGGCAUUCCGGAGCAGGACAAGCACCCGUUCGUGAUGCCAUCGCCCGACCUGAUCGGCAUUCGGUUAGAGUUUGAACAUUUUGAAUAUUUAGAAAUCCGGGGCGAACGGUGCUGUGGCUGCGAGCACAUCGCAACCUGCCGCGAUACGCUAAUGGCACACGCGAAGGAAAAACAUUCCCAAAAGUAUUACGCCGACAGUAGCUACACGUGUCCUACGUGCUAUGGAAAGUUUGCCACCGCAGAGGCACUGGAAACGCACCAGCAGUACUAUCUGUACAGUGAUGUGUUCCUGUGCACCGUUUGCCGGGAAGCAUUUAACUUUCAGACACAUCUGAAGCGCCAUCUAAGGGAAGUGCAUCAGGUACGGCAGCAAGAAGGAAGUGAGCAAAAGCGGAAGCCACCAGCAAAGAGUCACGACCUAAACCUGCCACUCACAGCACUGCCGGACGCGAGGUUUAUUAAAGAAACGCGUGACUAUCCUCAGUACCAGGUGUACUGCGUGUCGGGUGAACGGUGCUGUGCUUGUGGCAUUCAUCUAACGAACCUCGAACCGCACGCCGCCGAGCACCACAUCGAUACGGUGGACAUUCUGGGAACGGACACGGAUGAGCUGAAAUGCAGCAUCUGUAGGCGAACCUUUACAUCCCGGCAGGAGCAGCUACUGCACGAGGAAGGCCGCUUAAAUUUGAAACAAAUUUACCAAUGCAAACUGUGCCAGAUGCUUUUCGAACGGAAACUGCAGCUGAUUAAACAUUUUCAGGCGGCGAGUAAAACGCAAUGUCACGGAUUGGUGGAAAACGAGGCGCAGAGUACUACAGCCAACGUAAAAGAAGGUGAACCGGGGGCGGAACUGGUUCCCGCCAGCAAGAUCGAUUACUUCUGCUGUUGCUUUACACGCUGCAAGGAAGAGUACACCAGCGAGCAGGAACUGCUCGACCAUGCCGCCACGGUUCACGGCGGAAGACGCAAGGAAAAUGAGCACAAGCUUUGGGCACAGGGAGCGAAACGCAGCGAAACCCUCAUCUGUCCCGUCUGUCGCCGGUGCUUCGAGAGCGAGGAAAAGGUUGCGAAGCAUCGAACGUACAAACUAACACUGCCGAAGCAAACCUGCCGUCAGUGUGGACAGAUUUUCAUGAAAGCGUCCGGGCUCCGGGAGCAUCAGCUGCGGGAGCAUCUGAGCCUGAAGCUACAGUUUGCUUGCGAGGUAUGUGGCAAACAGUUUGUUACGCGUUCUACGCUGAACAAACAUCGGCAGGUGCACGAACCGUUCCAAAACUAUCCCUGCUCGGUUGCUGGCUGCGAGGCGCUGUUUCGCAACGAGCAGCUGAUGCAGCGACACUACCGGAACGUGCACAUGGAGCUCAAGGCGUACGAAUGCGGCCACUGUGGGAAGAUGUUCCGUACGAAGGAAUCGCUCGAUAUACACGAGCGGUCGCAUACGGGGGAAAAGCCGUUUGCCUGUCGGCAUGCGGGAUGCAGCAAGCGAUACGCUCACGGAUCGGACCGGUUGCGGCACGAGCGGUCGGCACACACGGGCGAGAAGCCGCACGCGUGCCCGGUGUGUAUGGCGGGAUUUCUGCGCAAGCGGGAAAUGCGAUUGCACAUGGAAAAGGUGCAUUAGGUGUGACUUUAUUUAUAUAUUUCAAGAUUAGUUAGGUCUAAUACACUGCUCAAUAUUACUUACUUUCUUGUCCCAGAUGUUUUGGUGGAGGCAUCCACGCUAAUACUCCAUAUCUCAGAUUGUGUUGAACCAAGCUGCCCAUCGGCCAGAAAAAAAACAGUCAUCCGGUUCCCGGACGCAAUUAUUGAAAUAAUCACAAGUUUAUUAACGAACCGUCUUAAAAAGAAACACAUCCUACAAUUGAGUACAAUCGUCAAAAUAAAAAAAUACACAUUAAAAGCAUA